GUUCUUUGAGAUGACCUCAUCCCUGGUGUGGGAUGACGUCAAAUUCAAGAUGGAUGGAAUCACGACUAGUACGCUGGAAGCCACACAACAGUGAAUAAAGUGGCGACUGUGUGGAGUAGGGAGCGUAGCGCCGACGGCCACGUCAUGGAGAGCCUCGUACAUUACAGUAACCCCUCCCAUGCCCUCUCAGUGUUGGGGCUUCUCAAUGAGCAGCGGCUGCGUGGUCAAAUGUGUGAUGUAGUCCUGGUUGUGGCAGACCAGAGGUACCAGGCCCACAGGAGUGUUUUGGCUGCCAGCAGUGAGUAUUUCCAGUCUCUGUUCACACGGAUGGAUGCAGACUCACUUAAAGUUGUAAACCUGGACUUCUGUGAGCCUGAUGCCUUUGAGAUUGUUCUGAAUUACAUCUACUCCUCUUCACUCUUCGUGGACAAAGGAAGUCUGGCAGCCAUUCAAGAGCUGGGCUACAGUCUUGGAAUCCCUUUCCUGACCAACAUUGUGUCAGCGCGGCCACACGCAUUGUACUCUGUGUCCAGGAAGAGACUUUCCUUCUCCGAAGGGGAUGAGAAUGAUGUCCAGACAAGGAGUGUCAUUGUCUGCCGGGUCAGGAAUGACUCAACUCAUCCUUCUCGCCCAAAUUAUCAGAGAAAAACACCACAGAGAUCGUUAUCUCCUCAUUCAACUUAUGUUACACACCCACCAUCAGAUCAGAGUUCACAGGAGUCUGUGAGAAACUGUGAAUCUGUAAGCAGGAAAAUGUCAGAACAAAAUGAAACUGCUGAAAGUAAGUCCACCUAUCCAUACUCCUCCAUAUUAAAAGGGAAUUCCUCACUCAUCAAAUCUGUAAGACCUCAGCUGACAACCUCCGUGUCAUUUAGUGAUGCUGAGAUGCAGCACAUCAUGAUGCAGUCCUGCACCGACCGAGGUAUUGAGGAGGAUGAGAUUCAGGGGCAGGGCUAUCACACCAAAGUGCCCUUUGAGGGUAAGGCCUGUGAGCCGAGCCAGAACAUCGACAGGAGUGGACCCCUCAUCAAAAGCCUGCUCCGGAGAUCAUUAUCCAUGGACAGUCCUGUUCCAGUAUUUUCUCCCACACUGGAGCUCAAGGAUCUGCAAAAUCGAGAGCAGUCUGUGGUCAAGAUGGCAUCAAAAACAUCUAGAACAGAAACGACUUCUCAAAAUGGCAGUUCCAAAAACACAUCAUCUCUGGUUCUCAGGCCAACGUAUCCCAGCAGGCAUGAUGAAGAAACUCAGGUAGAAGGAGACGUCAGUGUGAAAGCUGAGCCAAGCAGUCCACUGGCUGACCCCAUGGACAUAGUCCGAAUCACAGUGGGAGAUGCUUUACCAGUAAAUCUUAAAGACUUUCAAACAAAUUAUGAUCAAGGUCCAAGGCUAGACCUAAAUCCACUGGGAAAAAGAAGGGAAAGACCAGACAACAGAAGGUACCCUUUCAAGAAAAACAAAUUAUACAAAGAGCACACGUUCUCACAUAAUGAGAACAUGUCAGACACAGUGCGUCAGAGCAAUGAGUCGAGUGCGAACAGAGAGGAGUCAUCCAAAAACACCAUUUUCAAAUGCUGGAACUGUUUGAAAGUUUUCAGGUCCAGCGCUGGACUCCACCGUCAUGUAAAUAUGUAUCACAAUCCUGAAAAACCAUAUGCCUGCGAGAUCUGCCACAAACGCUUCCACACCAACUUCAAAGUGUGGACACACUGCCAAACUCAGCAUGGCGUUGUCCAAAAUCCAGCCUCAUCCUCGAGUACAUCUGUACUGGAUGAAAAGUUUCAAAAAAAGUUAAUAGAUAUUGUGCGCGAGAGAGAAAUAAAGAAAGCUCUGCUUUGGAAGUUAAAAAGAAACAAACAGAGUUUGCAAUCUCCUGUACUCACCAAGAAACGAUUAAGACCCAGCUACAUAUGUCCAUACUGUGGUAAGGUUUUUGUGUUCCAGUCUCAGUACAGGCAGCAUUUAAGAACACAUCCUGCAGAGAAACCUGACCAGGACACAACAAGCGACGGCACUCUCUACCAGGAACAGGAUGACAUCACUCAACAGAAAAACACAGACACUGGUGUUUACUCUUGUCGACUCUGUAAUAUGAAGCUGUCCUCACUUUACGAGCAGGGAAAUCAUGAAAGGGGCUGUCGACAUGCGACUGUAUGUCCGUACUGCGGCCUCAGAUUCUCAAGUUCGUCCGUUAAGAGGGACCAUGAGGCACACUGUAAGUAUAAGAAACUUACAUGUCUGGAGUGUAUGCGAACCUUUAAAUCCUCCUUCAGCAUAUGGCGCCACCAGGUGGAGGUCCACAACAACAACAUGAUGACUGUUAGGGAUCAGCUUCAUAUGAAGCAACAAGAGAACAAUGAAGACAUAGCGCCAGACAUGCUCAGAGAUGACACCUUCAGUGAUGAGCCUUUGACCACGGGGCACUUGAGGGAGAACGUCAACUACAGUGACUCCUCUGGUCCACACAUGUAUGAUUCGGAAGACUCCUCAUCCUACGUGCCCGAGGAUCUGAGCAUGGCUCACUAUGGAAAGCUAGUAGUAAAAGAAGAGCCUUUAGAAGAGGCUGUGAGUGAGAGGGAGAGCGCAGAGGCUGCCAAGUCUGGGUCUGAGGAACCCGGUGUAUGGCCAUGUGAGAAAUGUGGUAGUCUUUUUAGCUCCCGCAAAGACCUGGAGCGACACCAGGAACUACUAUGUCACAUUAAACCCUUCAUCUGUCACAUCUGCAACAAAGCCUUCAGGACCAACUUCCGCCUUUGGAGCCACUUUCAGUCCCAUGUUCAUGAACCUGAAGCCAAAGAAACAGAACCACUGACUCCCUCUCCUCCCACGACUCCUCUGAACUGUGAGGGUCGCUCCCCACAGGCCAGCAUGUUCAAAUCCACCCAGGCAGCACCAGUUACCAGUGCAAUGACCGAGGAAUCUAGUAGCCCCGAGCCCUCUAGUUCGUCAGCAGGCAAGACAAAGAGGCUGGAACCAGAACAACAACCCGGCAGACGAAGUCCUCUGUCAAGGUCAGAGAGUGUGGAGAACACAGGUGGCUCUCAGGAAUCAGACACUCUCUUUUACCAUGCACCCUCACUCUCUGCUCUGACGUUUAAGAGGCAGUACAUGUGUAAACUGUGUCACAGGACCUUCAAGUCGGCCUUUAGUCUGUGGAGUCAUGAGCAGAGUCACAGCCACAUCUGAGUGACGGCGCAGUAUGUUCUUCGUUAGACAGGUUACAUGAUAUUAGAAUAACGAGACCUCAGCCUAAAAAAAGACUUUGAAUGUAUAGUUGGUUCACUCGCCACCAAUGUCAAAUAUUAGCAUGGCCAUGUACAAUAGAGGUGUAAACGUGAAUGUGCAAUCAAGUGCUAGAUGCUUCAGUGAAACAAACUGAUCAUAAACUGUUUCUUUUGCUUUAUCAUUUCAUUUAUCUAUCUUAACUUGUACUUACUUAUCUAGGUGUUUCAAGAAAACAGGAUUCAGAGUUGAACCACUUAGUGAACAGUGGGACAACGAAGUCCAGGUGUUUUCCACACGUGGAAAAAGUGCUCUCAACAUUUGAAGGUGGCAGUUGAAUUCAAUAUUAGUGCUUUUGCUUUUGUGUCAGAUCUGUGGUUUGAUGUGAGUGAUAUCCCUUGAGAUUAUCAGUGGCCUCAACAAGGUAUUUAAUAUGCACUUUGUAAGUUUUAAUCUGUUUCAUGGGCAAACGUGUGACUUCGCUUUUCUGAAUAUCACAACUGAUUAUUUGGGCUGAAGAAGAAAAACAAAAACAGCCACCCAGCAGUUUCUGUUUUUUUUUCCUUAUACUCACGCAGCAUUCCUCUGACUUUUGUUCUCUCAUACAUUGGCCUCUGACUGGAUGACCUUCAGUUUAAUCAGCACAAACCAUCCAUCAGACACACCUCUGACACUUCCUGUUGUCCUUAUCUCAGUCAUGACUCACUGCUCACAAACUUUAUUCAGCCUCAAGUCUUGUGAAUCAUUUUAAAAGUGAAUGAAAUGGUGCAGUUGAUAUUUGAGAACGGUGUUUAAACUAGGGCUGUGAAACUAUUCCAAUUUAGAAAUUUGAAAUUUGACUUUCCUAAAAGAGAAGUGACAGCACGUAGAUGUCUGUGCAUCACGCUUGUUUUAAUCUGAGACUAAUCCAAAUGAUGAAAUUAUUAAUAUUGGAAAAAUGUUAAGAAAAAUGUGAAAAAUUAUAACUCAAACUUGUUUUAUAUACUUUGGGUGAAUUUUUGACAUUACUGUGCAUCUUUGUAGAUUCACUUACAAAAUUUAGAAGAAGCCUCUGGUAAUUGUGACCUCUCUGCCGACCUGCCCUGUGCUGGAUGAGACUGGCAUCUUACCUAAAGGUCAACUCUUCAGAAACUCAUGCUGGGUGUUCAGAUGGUAAUUUAAGCUGUUCUCUGAAACAAACACCUUUUCCUGCAAUGUGUUCAAAUACUAACACGUGUAUCAACUUUGUAGAGAAACAAUAGUUGGAUCAACAGUUGAUCUAUUGGUUAUACAGAUCUUGCCAUUCUGCAUCUGUUAAAAUUUGUAAAAAAAAUAAUUGUAAUCUGAUUAAUUACACAAAUAAUUUAACAUGGUCAGCAUAACCAUGUUGACAGCCCUGGUUUAAACCAUUGUUUCCAAAGUGUGAAGGGAAAGCAUUUAAAAGAAAUUGGUGCUCAGAAUAAAAAACAUUAAUUCUUAGUGACAAAAAAGAGUGGUUUUAAAUAAUUAAAAAAAGCAUUUCGCUGGUAUUAAGCCUAAUGUGCCAGAUUCUAGAAAUCAAGGAGAAAUAAUGACAGCAGGCAUUUUUGUAAAGCUUUUGUAAAAGCACACUGCAUUUUGUAAAUGCAGCAUUUAACAAAUACUGUAAUGAAUGUCAAAAUUGUCAUUUGUAUAUUUCAGAAUCAAUUCCUGGUUCAUUCAUGAAGUCGGGUGCUCCUGCAGCAUCAGCAGUGUUAUGUAAUUUCUUGAACACUGAUAGAUUUGUGCAAUCAUACAGGUGGUGAUUAACCCAGCUUUACAGUGCUUUUGGUGGCCUUAUGCAAAUGCUUAAUUACUUAUUUUACAUAUAAGCACAAUAGUGUUUCAGAGGACCUACGACUCAGGCAUUUAGAUUUAAGGUGGUACAGUGAAGGAGAUGGAGGCAUGAGAGGAGCUGAUCAUUUAUUCUGUAAAUGACGGGAGAAUGUUUCUGCUUCCUUACGGACUAAUAACUUAAGAUUGUGUUUUGAUUGUAUUCCAGUUGUUCCACAAUUGUCUUCUUGUACAAGUAUAUACUUCUGCUUUGGCUUGACUGAUUAGAAGUGUGCUGUAAAUUAUUAAAACUGUUCUGUUUAGGAUUAUUGCCCUACACAGAUCCACAGGGGCCUUGUUUCCCUCCCAGUGAGUAACACGAUCUUCGUAGUAAUGUAAGAUUUGGUUGAACAUUGUAUCGAUAAAUAGUGCUCUUAAUUUCUCGUGAGGAACAUUUUCUCAAAGUUCACAGAAAUUCGACUUGUGUAUAUAAGUGUUUGUAUCCUGGAUUUUGUACGGAUUUUGUUAGUAUAAAAAUCUUUCUAGUAUUUCUGUGCUCUUACUGCAAUAAUGAAUACUGUACUGUUUGUAUCAACAUUGGUUGUAUUGUUGCUUUUGAAGACUUGCAGCUGUUUUGUGUUUAGGUUUUUCUACAGUUUUUGUGUUUUGUUUUGGGUUUUUUUCUGUAAUAAACGGUAACACUCGACAACACCUGUA